AUCUCAAUCAGUUACCCCUCCAACGAACACCAUUUUCUACUGAAUUGCUUUCACAGUACACUACGAACAGGUGCCACAUCAUGUAAGAUGGAGAACAGUACCAAAGAAGUUAACCCUUUUGACAUUCUCCUCUCAGAAUGUCAAGAUGACCCAAAACAAAUCCAAGCUCGAUAUGAAGCUCACCGGUCCAGCCGAAAUGAACAAUAUAAAGAGAGGCUCCUCAGUCGCGACUUCACAGGUUGGCAGAUUGACGAUAUCCUGAGAAAGCUACAGGCAGGAGCCAACGGCGAAACACUGCCCUUUGUCGAUUCUAGGCAUAACCUUACACUAUACGCUCGACCCCCGCAACAUAUCCGGGACCUGAUCGCUGAAGUCCAGCAGGCCAUUCGAGAAAUUGCCCCAAGCAUAUGGUUCACACCUCCAGAGCAAUUGCAUAUGACUACGUUAGAGAUCGCCAGCUGCCGACCUGAGCCGGAGGUUGAAGGAUUGGUUUCUCAUCUCCAGGGUAGUGGCGUCGUGCCGAAACUGGUGGAUUUUCUAUUUCAUCAUCGGACACGGUUGGUUAAACCUAUGAUCAGCUACGAUGCGACUGCCAUGGCGCUGAGCUUUGUUCCUGCUGCUGGAGAAGAGACUACAACUGCCCACAAUGUGGACGGUGAUGGAUACACUUAUCACCAUCUGCGACGUGAUGUUUCGAGUAUCGUCACAGCGACGGGGUUACAGAUGAGGCCGAGGUAUAUUGCCCUCUCGGCACAUAUUACGAUUGCACGGUUCAUCACUCGGGACGGCUUUUUGAUAGACAACCCCAAUAAAGUGGAAGACGAAGCGGUGGACCAUGCGCGGGUGGCCGCACUGGUAGAAAGGGUGGGGAAGAUCAAUGAGAUGCUCCGGACGAAAUACUGGUUUCAAGAAGACGGAGCCAUCUCUGGGAAAGGGGAAUGGCUUGUCGGGCAGGAAAAGGGGUUGGAAUUUUGUAAAGGGACGUCUUUCUACGGUAGAGGAGAAGCCGUUGUUGUUGGCAAAGGCUUCUAGUAAAGGGUCUCCUAGUAGCAUUGAUUCAGCAUGAAUAAUCUAGACGGUGGGCGAAUGAAUACGAUUCGAUAGAUAACUAUGGGGAUGAUAGGGGUCUUUGCCUGAGGCAGCCACUGACCACAGGCGGUCUUGGCGGGUGGCACACAAACGCGGUUAGGCCGCACCCUAAGCGAACGAAAUCCCACAACACACGGCCAGCCCAACUCGAUCCUCCCGACAAGAG